AUGCCAUGUUCUGAAGGCUCAUCAUCAUCAUUACCGUCAUCUUCAUCCUCACGUGAGCACGAGCGUAUUUCGUUCCUCAGCGCACCAACGCCCAUCAGGGGUGGCCUCGAAAGUGCAACCUCCUGCCACGCGUACCAUCCCAGGGGAAUGCACGUCAUCAAGUUGUACUUCAUCGUGGCGCCGUGCCUCUUUCUCGCUUUCCAGGCGACGUCGCUACUCUCGCCUUUGCUGGAGCAGGUCGGCAUUGCCACAGCCACGCUGGUCCUGGGAUGGUGGCUCAGCCUCGCCAUCAAGAGUCUGCAGAAGUCCAAGCCCAAGCCGCAUCAGGGUAGACUCGCCGUCAUCGUCGCAACCUGCGACAGUGAGCACGGAUUUCUGACGGCGUCCAAGCUGUCUGGCGACGGCUACUACGUGCUGUGCGGCACCCAGGACGCGGGCGGCGAGAUGGCCAAGGGCAUAAGACGCUUCAAUGUCGAUGUCAUUAAGUUGCAACCGACCAGCGAGACCUUGAUGAACGAAGCCUACCAGGAGUUCUGCGAGCAACUCUUCAAGAAGAACACGCCACUUCACGCGCUCGUCUGCAACGUUGGCACCACCGACCUAGGAGAGCUGGAGUGGAUCAACGAGCGUAACCUUCUGCACGCCUUCGAGCAUACUGUAGUGUCCACAGCGAGGCUGGUCAACCACUUCUUGCCCAUGCUACGUGAGACUCGCGGAAGGGUUGUCGUCUGCGCUGGAUCUUCCGGACGAGUUGCAAUCCCUGGAGCGGGAGUCCACAGCAUCGUCAACGCCGCGCUCAUAUCUUUCGCCGACUGCCUCCGUCGAGAAAUGGCAAAGUUCGGGGUUCAAGUCGUCCUCGUCGAGCCCGUAUGGCUGAACUACAGGACUCCCCUGAGCCAGCUCCACUCGGCGGGCAUCGCCGUCAAGGAGGCGGUGAGCUGCGUGAGCCGCGACGUGUUCGACGACUAUUCGCUGAGCUACGUGAACGCGUUCCGCACCCUGUGGAACUGCUACACCACCCGCUGGUACAUGGGGCCGCCCGACGAGCUGGCGAAGUGCACCUGCCUCGCCGUCACCGACGUCAGGCCUCAGUGCGUCUAUUCGUGCGGCUACCCCGCGGAGCGGGCCCUCAACGCCGUGCUCGCCUACCUACCCGUGCAGUUUGCCGACCUGGUACAGUGCUUCCUGUACCAGGCGACCGUUCGUCAAGCUCCAGCUGGGGUCCGAAUCGGACGUGUCCCGCGGUUCACCCGGGGCCCGGCGUCAGAUCUGGAGUCCCGGAGCCGUGCAGAAGUUCCUGCACGCUUCCCUGACCCCGAUGCCCAUACCGUUCCAAGAGUCGCCGAUGUCGACCCCGGCGCGCGAGUUGGAGGACGUCAGGGCCCACUACUUCCCGUCAUUGGACCGCACCGCGGACGCGACUCCGCCGCCCAAGACGCCGCCGCCCGUCGUGCAGGUCUGCGGGGAGCGCUUCAAGCCGCAGCGGUCGCCCGCCGACGGCCAACAGGAUCCCGGAUGGUCCGGCUCAUGCAACCGGGAGCCCAGGCCUUGGCACUCGAGUCCAAAUCUCCGCCGGCAGACACGCAGCAGCUGCAGUUCCAGCCACGGGGUGGUGAACCGUUGUCUCCAUGGUCACCCUAUCACACGGGAGUCAGUGCGUUGCCGCGAAAUGCCAUGGAACUGAUCUCCCCGCCGGACGAUGACGCCACAGUCACCAUGACGCCCACUGGGGAGCACAGCCGCAGUCCCAUCGACUCGGCGACGCAGAUGGAGGUGGUGUCGGGGGGAGGCGCACCAGGAGACAGCGCACUCCACGAUGCGCCCGUGCUUCCCGAAGCAUCGGCGCCGCCUCCCAAGCACAUGUCGGCACCGUACGCCGAGCACCUGGAGAGGCUCCGCAGCAGCGGCCAGCUGGAACCGGAAGCGGAAGACGACAGCCCUUGUCGGAAGGACUCCUCUGACCAGGAAUCGCCGACCUCCGCUGCCCCGAUGCAGGAGGGGGGCGUCAGGCGUCGCCCCGGGGCUGGCAAGCGCGAUCAAGAGGAUCGCCAUAAUUAAAUAGAGCUCGUGUUGCGCGCGACUAAGAAUGUAUAGUUUUAAAGAUAGGUAUUAGGGGUUUGCUUUACAUCCCUUGGUGAAAAAAUGGGGGAGGCGGGUCUCAUAUUUUUUCGUAAUUAUUUUGUCUUAUUUAUAUAUACUACCAAAUUUAGUAUUGCGUAUGAGCGUUGUGAUGCCUGUACUGGUGGUGUUGUCACGCUUGUCAAGUUGAUUCGUGAGCUUUUAGUGCCGGCUCCUCGUUUCUAGAAAAUGAAAUAAAUUGAACUGAAUAUAAUAUCUUUGCAGAUGGUAACCGUAC